UGGUGCUGCUUUCAGCUGGGGGUGCUUGACUCGCAAUUCACCUGUGUGCAUUUUCAGCUAUUUGCUAAUACCAAGUCUGUCUGUCUGUCUGUCUGCCAGUAUGCUGGUUCGGGCGAUCCUGCAGACCUCACUGGCCCUGUGGAUGGUACAGAGCACCAUACAAGGAGGAGUUAGGCCACAGACUGGAGCUCUGGGAAGACUGGCGAGUCGAGGUCCUGGUGUCGGUGUAAAGUCUGGAGGUCCAGUGGCUGGUAUCCUCGGGGCCCGUGGAUAUGGGGCAGGCAAGCCAGGAAAAACAGCUGGCCGUUAUCUUGGAGGGAUGGCAUACAGACCCACUGCGAUCAGAGGAGGUCUGAAACAAGGAUAUGGAACACUCGGAGGUUAUGGAGGAGCUGCAAACCUCGGGACUGGCCUUGGGACUGGCCUGGGGACUGGCCUGGGGUCUGCUGGGCUGGGACUCGGCACAGGGUAUGGCCUAGGCAAUGGGCUGGGAGCAGCUUUAGGUUAUCCAGCAGGGAACCUCGGAGGAAGAGGUUACACCAGUAACGGCUAUGGAGCACAGCUAGGCUAUGGGGCAGGAGGAUACCCCGCCGCUGGACGUGGAUAUGGUGUACCAGCUGGCACACCCACAGGGCAAGGCUCAAAACCAUCAAAACUGGGUGUUGGGCCUAGAGCUGGCCAGCCCGUGUCACAGAGAGAGAGGGGCGAUGGUUACAGUCGCGGAGGGGUCCCUAAUGGACAUGGUGAUAUAGCCAAUGGUUUCCCCUCAGGACCAGGAGUGACCAAUGGAAUGAGAGCUCAAAUUAAGGGCUAUGGUCCAGCAGCAGAUAUGAAUAAUGGACGAGGAAUUAUUAACAAUGGACCAGUUUUGCCUAACGGACAGGGCACUGAACCAUCCAAUAUGGGUAAACGUCUUCCUAUUAAAAUAUCACCGGUUUAUGGCUGAAUGCAUGUCACGAGGUGCUGUUUUCUCCAGUCUAAAAUCAACUCAGUAUUCCAGCCGUCAUCCAAUGAAUUGUAUAUAUGGCAUUCGACAUGUUAGUGUGUUAAUGAUUGUAGACUGGAAAAUGCACCCCUCAUCAUGAACUCAUUGCAGCUGCAGGUCUAUGAAUAAGUGCUUUUCUGUACCACAGCUGUUCAGAAAGGUUUCUGUGUGUUUGUGUGUGCGUGCUGGACUAAUGCCUCAUCUAUUUCUUGGGGCUGUUCUCUUUUCUUUUUAUAUGCUUCACCUGAGCCUUUAUCUUUGUGCUGAUGUGUGCCCUAUGCAUGCUAAUAUCUCUCCCACAGGCCACACAUAUGGACCAGACACACACACUGUGAAUUCGCCUUGCAUGAUUACUCUGACCAACAGGCCCCUGUACGAUCACAUUAUUCUGUGAUGGCCAUGAUCUUUGUUACUAGUGGCCAAAUUUUCAUAGUUGAUAUUUUGUUGGCAGGAUACGGCCUUGCUGCUGGUUAUCUUGGAGCUGGUUUAACUGACGGUUAUGGA